AGAAACACACGACCUCUGUAGCUUCUGGCACAGGGGCGGCACUAACAAGUUACGGGAGGUUGAUACGUCAGAACAACUGUGUCUGUGAAAAAGUGAGCUGAAGGGAGUGAUUAGGCGAGAGAGCGUGAAAGAAGAGAGACGAGCUCGUUGCGCUCACAUGAAGGGAAGCGCGAGACAUUUCAGAGCCAGUUGUGGCAAGCGGUUGAGUCAGUGCGCUUCAGCACCACUCCCGUCAAAGCGGGAUCUGCCUUCUCACACAACCUCUCAGACGGCUGCCACUCUGAUUGACUUGACUUGGGGAACAACAAAGCUGUGGAUGCCAUCACCAAAGGUCUUUCACUACCCAAAAGUGGGGAGCAGUCCAUGGACCUAAGUGUCUCCCAGAGGCUGGUUCAUCCAGGCAGAGAUUCGGCUAUGCUGGCUCCCCACCGUCCCUUAUUCCUGGGACCCUUUACCUCUCAGCACUGCUCCCAGUUUUCAUACCAACAUUUGCAGUAUAACACUGAACAAAGGCAAAGAGAGAUGGAGGCUGAGAAACAAGAAGAGCUACAACAGUUAAUACGAAAGAGUAAAAAUGAACAAAGUGCUGUAGCCAGUCCACUGGUGAGGCAGAAACUCAGACAGCACAUCAUUAUGAAGAGCCAGCCCACCCAUGACAGGGUCACCCCCAAACACAGCAGUCCUGCACCAGGAUACGGGCACCCACUUCCAGACAUGUCCCCAAAGUCUCAGCCGUCACCCAGUGACAUCCAGUGUAAAGAACUGCGGCGAACAGUGUCUGAGCCAACAUUGAAGUGGAAGUUAAAGAAGCUCAUCAGCACAAGACCAAACCCGUUGCAGAGGAAGAGGAGUGCCCCUCCUGCCGUCAAGCACAGGACAGAAACGCGAGACUCUUCUCCCAGCAGCACCCCAGCAUCAGAUUGCAGCUCUCCUAACGACAGCCUCCAUUCAGACAAUGGAGCCCUCCCACUUUCUCAUGAGGCACAAAGGCUUUUGCUGAAGGAUGGUCGAUUGGCCAAUUUCACGCUGCCCACCAGCCCAACUGCCAGGCCCAACAUCACUGCAGGACUUCCUGCACAGGUUGACAUGCGAGUAGCCAGGACUGCGGUCGUAUCCGCUCUGCCUCAAGUCUACUUACCUCCCGACGGAGGUUUUCCAGCCCAGGCUCACGGCCUGCAGCCUGUACUUAUACUGGAACCACACACUGGGCUUGUACACUCGCAACUCAUCUCCUAUCAAGGUUUGAGCCCUCCUCUUCUGCAACAGCGACCUCACCUGGCCUCCCCAACAAGAAGAGAAGGCCUCACCACCUUUUCGUCCCACAAACCCUUGGAGCGAACACGCUCUGAACCUCCGCCCUACAGCCACUCGCCCCUUCCUCUGCAUGCCAGCCUGCACUGUCACACUCAGCACCAGCUGCCUCAGCAGUGCCACAGGAGUGGGUCGGAUAGGUUUAAGUUGAAUUCCCUCCUGCGCAAGAUCCCGUCAGAGGACAUGGACCUGGAGGAUAUUGGAUCCGAGUCUGGAUCCAUGUGCGGCUCUGAACCGGGCUCGGUUUGCGAGGACAGCUAUCGCAGGAGACAAAGUUCUGCCAGCACAGACUCCGUUUAUGACACUGAGUCCACUACCUCCUCACGGGAAAGCCUGAUUGAGACCUCGCAUUCCGUCAGUCAGAGGCAGUUGGUCCAUCGAGCAGGAUUCCACAUGGACUCGCCUAAUGCGCCUGUCCUGAUGUGGCCUCACCAACCUUUGGUCCGAACGCAGUCCUCCCCUGCCUCGACCUCCCUGCCUCCCCUUCAGAAUGCAUCCUCAACUAUCCCUGUUCCUCUGUCCAGUCCUACUGCAGAUGUCAAGCUCCGCUUCACCACUGGUGUCGUUUACGAUACGCAGAUGCAAAAGCACCAGUGCACCUGUGGCGACAACAGCUGCCACCCCGAGCAUCCUGGGAGAAUCCAGAGCAUUUGGUCCCGACUUCACGAACGAGGCCUGCGGAGCCAUUGUGAGCAUAUCCGAAGUAGGAAGGCCACUUUAGAAGAGCUGCAGUCAGUCCAUUCAGAAAAACACGUGCUUCGGUACGGCACCAACCCUCUGCACCGCCUCAAGCUAGACAACCCCAAGUUGGCUCGAAUCUUGACUCAACGUAUAUUUGUUAUGUUACCGUGUGGAGGAGUAGGGGUUGAUAACGACACAGUCUGGAACGAGCUUCACACGGCAGCGGCUUCUCGUAUUGCGGCCGGCUGUGUCAUCGACCUGGCACUGAAGGUGGCACAAGGAGAGCUGAAGAAUGGAUUUGCAGUGGUGAGGCCGCCCGGGCACCAUGCCACACACUCCUCCCCUCUGGGUUUUUGUUUCUUCAAUUCAGUGGCCAUCACUGCCAAGCAACUACAACAGAAACUCAAUGUUGGCAAAAUCCUAAUUGUGGACUGGGAUGUUCACCAUGGCAAUGGCACCCAGGAAGCCUUCUACAAUGACCCAAGUGUCCUGUAUAUCUCGCUACAUCGCUACGAUAACGGCAACUUCUUCCCUGGUGGUGGGCAUCCUAACGAGGUUGGUGCGGGGGCGGGCGAGGGUUUCAACGUGAACAUUGGAUGGACAGGCGGUUUGAAACCUCCCAUGGGUGAUGCCGAGUAUCUGGCUGCAUUCAGAGCCGUGGUGAUGCCCAUCGCCCACCAGUUCUCCCCAGACAUGGUGCUGGUUUCGGCGGGAUUUGAUGCAGUCGAAGGCCAUUCGCCACCAAUGGGUGGCUACAAGGUCACAGCCAAGUGUUUUGGGUUCCUUACUCGACAGCUGAUGUCACUAGCCGGGGGUCGUGUGGUUCUGGCUCUGGAGGGGGGACAAGACCUCAAGGCCAUCUGUGAUGCCUCUGAAGCCUGCGUCAGCGCCUUGCUGGGAAUGGAGGUGGAGCCUUUGUCCCAGUCCGUGUUGGACCAAAAGCCUUGCGAUAAUGCCAUGCAGUCACUACUGAGUGUCAUCCAGGUUCAAGGUGACUACUGGCAGAGCGUGAAGGACUCGGCCGCCACCGUGGAGCUGUCCUACCUGCAGGCCCAGAGGCGGUGGUUGAGGCGAGACUCAGACAGCGAGGCCGUCGACGCCAUUGCCUCUCUGUCUAUGGGAGCCGGCGCCUCUGACAGUGCUUUUGACCAAGCCCACCGUCAUCGCAUCAUAACCCACACGAGACAAGCCUCAGUGCGGCGUGACCAAUAGAAGAUGAUUGAUGUCAUGUUGUCGGGAGUCCAGAGUGCACGCACCCUCAGAGACGGGGAGACGCUUCGACUUGAUGGUGUCAAGUAGAACUGUGUUUUUUUUUUGUUUUUGGCAUUUUUUGUACCUGUGGAUGAGCAUUCCUGCUGUAUUUUUAAAUAAGUACUUAAUACCUGUUGUAUGUCUUCACUAACAAUGGCACUGCCACAGAAGGCCUUUGUGUAUCAGCUGACUCAUGAUUGAGCACAUUUAUUACAACAAUGUGCCGUCGAUGGACUGGCAUGGCUACAAGAAGUUUGUGAAUGUUGUUUUCUGAGCAUCACCAAAGCGUCAAAAGCAAUUCCCAUCUCAAAGAAAAUACUUUUUAUUUUUUUAUUUAUGUUUUCGCAUUCUUUGAGACGCACUUGUGUGUGACAGGGCGGUGAAUUUUUGUUGGAUUUUUAAAUACAUUGUGUCUACUCUUUUUCUUUCUUUCUUUAUUUCAUGUUGUUCAUGCGUCCAGAAAGCUGUCAAGCCGUCAGUCAUGUGCUGACAAUGUGAAAACCAACAACAACGAGCUGGCCGAACAAUCCAUUCUGUUGGAGUUGUAGCCAAGUUUUCAUUUAACAUAUCUCAUUACUCACUUGUCUUAAUGAAAGCUUUUUUUUAUUUUAUUUUUUUUAUGAUGAAGCGAAACUGCCCCAUGUGCUUACUUAAAGAGACCAAAUGGUGAAAUGAAGUUUCUGACCAAGUUACGUGAAGGUCAAUUUGUCAUCAUGCUUUUUCGAUUGUCUGUUUUUAACAUUUAUACUGCAUAAAAAAAAGAAUCAAUUAUAUUCAUCUGAA